CUUGCUCCUGUCAAGAUCUUACCGAAUAUCUCCUCGUUCUGUUCGCAACGAGGACGCGACAAGAGUUCGUGGAUGUGUGCGGCGCGCUCAAACCAAAUUUUCCGAGGAUAGGAUAGACUUAGUCAGUGACCGUUACAUCCCAGUCGGAGGAGACGCUUGGUGGUCGUCCAGCUCGAGCUUGGAAGUGUGUGAGGUUGUGUGGUUCUUGAUUUUAUUAGAUUAUCAUCUCGUUGCCGUAAUUUUUUUUCAAGUGCAGUCGGGAAAGUGGUGAUAAAGAAGUAAAACAUUGUCCAUUAUUGGUUCGAUAAGUGUUUCGGUUGAGCACUGAUAAACGAUAUCAUAAAACGAGCCGCGGUGGAUGUGAGGAUCGUUGCUGUUUUAAACUUAAUCCAACCGCCGUUUCUUCGUUUCGCUGAAUAACCACAAAUACACAAAUCUACAAACGAGAAAAAAAGCAGAAUGUCCCAGUUGUCGGCAAUUUGCAUCAGCCUGGUCAUCGCGUCGGUUCUGAUCCACAACGCCAGCGGAAAGAGAGGCUGCGCAGCGUACGGACACGCCUGCUACGGAGGACACGGAAAGCGAUCUCCUCCGAUGACCCAAGGUAUGCUGUUCGAUGAUGGGAGUGGUCAGCUGGAGAGCUUACCUCCCCUACCGUACGCGAAAUUGGCGCUAAUAGAUCGAAGCAAAAGUUUGGACGUCGCUCCCGAGCUGGGACCGAUAACAACUAGUGAAGAGAUGCUUGCGGCACGUGACCAAUCAGCAUAUGAGCAGGAAAAGUUCGAGAGGAGGGUGCGAUUUGCGGUGAAUGCUAUUCUGAGACAGUUGAUCGGAACCGAAAACGAAAACCAACCAGCAUUCCCAAAACAACGACCGGAAGCGAGUUAUCAGAACAGCGAAUCAACCCGACAGCUACUGGGCAAUGAGGACAAAUAAACAUGUCCACUUGCAAAGCACAAUUGACCCACCCUUAUUCAUCGAUGGCCGCCGCCGCCGCACGGAGGAAGAAUCCAAACUUUAUUCAUCGAAGCUUUCGAAUUUUUCGUAUGUGUAAUAAGUAAUGAGCAGCGAGUAUUUAUUGGUUUUAUUCAUUUCGGGGUAACUUUUUUGGAAUUGUUCGCGCUCUAACGCUCUAAUUGAUUGGACAAAAGAACGCAACAGUUGAGUCGGGAGAUGGAAAUUGUAGCUUAAAUCAAAUGGGGGAUAGAAUAUCAUGUACAGUUUUGACGGUUUAGGCAAUACCCUUCUAGGAAACCAUAAAGGCAGGAGCUAUACAGAAACUGUGUCAAUAUGCAAUAAUUGUUAUUUACUUUAAAUGCAGAACAAGCACAACAGAUGAUGCUUCAGGAAAUAAGGAAAUGAUUGACGAAAGCACGAAUAAGAAAGUGAGCAAAAAAUAUUUAGAUAGUUGAAUAAAACUCGUAAGG